CGUAGCUACUGUAUCCGCUGCUGCUCGGUCUGAGUCCGGCGAAAAUGUUGAGAGUUACUAUCCGGGCUGACAUGCUCCCUCUGUGGGUGUUUUUCUGUCUCGUUUCCUCUCAGUUUUGGACUGUGUCCUCUGAGGACAUCGUGGUUGCGUGUGGAGGCUUCGUGAAGUCUGACGUAGAAAUUAACUACUCGUUAAUAGAGAUCAAACUCUACACCAAACAAGGUUCUCUGAAAUAUCAAACAGACUGUGCUCCCAUCAAUGGAUACUUCAUGAUACCGCUUUAUGACAAGGGAGAUUUUGUUUUAAGGAUUGAACCUCCUCUUGGAUGGAGCUUUGAGCCCACCAGUGUUGAGCUCCAUGUGGAUGGCGUCACUGACAUCUGCACCAAAGAGGAAGACAUCAACUUUGUUUUCACAGGCUUCUCUGUCUCAGGAACGGUUCUGAGUAAGGGCCAUCUCUUGGGUCCAGAAGGAGUCGAAGUUAAACUGAGCAGAGAAGGAACUGAGGAGAAACUUCAAAGUAUCGUCACUCUGCCUGGAGGAAAGUACACCUUCUUCAAGGUGCUUCCUGGAAAUUAUGACAUCACUGCUUCCCAUCCUUCAUGGACUCUGGAGCAGAGUUCCACCACGGCCCAUGUUUCCAAUGCCAACGGUGUGGCCGCUGACCAUCUGGUGGUUGGAGGUUACGACGUCUCAGGAGAAGUUCGCAGUGAUGGAGAACCAAUGAAGGAGGUCACCUUCCUGCUGUACUCAGCCACUGUUAACAAAGAGGUCAUCAGUGACUGUAACAUGACUCCUGUGGACGGAGCAGAUGCCGGAGACGACUCUUUGGUUUAUCUGUGCAGCGUUCAGUCCAGGGAAGAUGGAACUUUUACUUUUCCCUCUCUGGCCAGUGGAGCCUACACUGUGGUGCCUUUUUAUAGAGGAGAAAGAAUCACUUUUGAUGUCGCUCCAUCGAGGAUGAAUUUCAAGGUCGAGCACAACAGUUUAAAACUGGAGCCCAUCUUCAAGGUCAUGGGCUUCUCCGUGACGGGCCGGGUCCUCAACAGUGUGGGAGGAGAGGGUGUCUCCGACGCCACUGUGUCCCUCAAUAAUCAGAUCAAAGUUCUGAGUAAAGAAGACGGGUCCUUCCGGCUGGAGAACAUGACAGCUGGUACUUACACCAUUCGUGUCAACAAGGAGCUGAUGUUCUUUGAGCCAAUCACGGUGAAGAUUGCCCCGAACACACCUCAACUUCCUGAUGUCAUCACAGCAGGGUUCAGUGUCUGUGGUCAGAUCUCCAUCAGUCGUCUGCCUGAAGGCAUGAAGCAGCAGGGUCGCUACAAAGUCACUCUGAGCCACCGGGGUCAGGUGAAGACGCUCAACAGGGUCAUCGAGUCUGAUCCCCAGGGGUCAUUCUGUUUUCAGGCCAAACCUGGAGACUACAGCGUCCAAGUCGCUCUUCCUGAGACAGAGGUCAAAGCUGGACUGGCUCUGCAGCCUCAAGCCCUCCACAUCUCCCUAGUGGACCAGCCCCUCACUGACCUCCUCUUCACACAGUUCAUGGCUUCAGUCUCCGGAAAAGUCUACUGCUUAGCCUCCUGUGAUGACCUCUCUGUCCUGCUGCAACCAGUGAGUCGACAAGGAGAGAGAUGGACGGUGGCUCUGUCUGGCAGCAGCGAAAUCCUCAGUUUCUCCUUUGACAACGUUCUGCCUGGAAAAUACAAAGUGAGUAUUUCUCAUGAGGAGUGGUGCUGGAAACACAAGUCCAUGGAAGUGGAAGUUCUGGACUCUGAUGUCCUGGGCGUGGAGUUCAGACAGAUUGGUUACAUCCUGCGCUGCUCACUGUCACAUGCCAUCACUUUGGAAUUCUUCCAAGAUGGCAGCAAACCUGAGAAUGUGGGAAUGUACAACCUGUCUAAGGGAGUGAACCGUUUCUGCCUCUCCAAACCCGGUGUUUACAAAGUCACCCCCCGCUCCUGCCACCAGUUUGAGCAGGACUUCUACAUCUACGACACCUCGGCCCCCAGCAUCCUGACCCUCACCGCGGUACGACAUCACAUGACCGGUCUCAUAACCACUGACAAGAUCCUUGAUGUCACUGUGACCAUCAAGUCGUCCAUCGAAAGUGAGCCGGCACUCGUUCUGGGUCCACUGCGCAGCCUGGAAGAGCAGCGGCAGGAGCAGCAGCUGCAGGAGAUCGAGGUACGUCGCCAGGAACGGGAGCGUCGAGCCGCAGAGGAAGACGGAGGAGCGAAGGAUGACAGUCCGCCAAUCCAGGAGAAGGCUGAUGAACUGACGGGACCGUUCCACUACGAGUUCUCCUACUGGGCCAGGGCUGGAGAGAAGAUCACUGUGACUCCCUCCUCUAAGGAGCUGCUCUUCUACCCUCCAGAGGUGGAGGCCACCAUCACUGGAGAGUCGUGUCCAGGUCGGCUGGUGGACAUCACAGGACGAGCGGGUCUUUUCCUCAAGGGCAAGGUCUCACCAGAGUUAGAAGGUGUGAAGAUCUCCAUCACAGAACGAGGAUCAGCUGAUCUGCUCAUCACCGUGGCCACUGAUGAGAUGGGAGCAUACAGUGUGGGUCCACUGCACAGUGACCGUCAGUACAACAUCAGCGCCAGCAAAGAAGGAUUUGUUCUGAGUCCUGUUGAAGAAUCCCAGGGAGACUUCAAGGCCUUCGCUCUGGCUGGUGUGACCUUCAAGAUUAAAUCAGAGGAUGGUCAGCCUCUGUCUGGUGUCCUCUUGUCUCUGAGUGGAACCAACUUCAGGUCCAACCUUUUGACCCAGGACACUGGUCUUCUCACCUUUAACAACCUGAGCCCAGGUCAGUACUACUUCAAGCCAAUGAUGAAGGAGUUCAGGUUUGAGCCGUCGUCUCAGAUGAUCUCUGUGGAGGAAGGUCAAAACCUCAGUAUUGACAUAAGUGGCAUCAAGACUGCAUACAGCUGCUACGGAGCAGUGCAGUCCCUGAGCGGAGAUGCAGAGCGGGACGUGGCGGUGGAGGCUGUGGGUCAAGGAGAGUGCAGUCUCUACAGUGAGGACACAGUCACUGAUGAGGAGGGACGCUUCAGACUCCGGGGUCUGCUGCCUGGUUGCAAGUAUUUGAUUCAGCUCCGUGCAGAAGGGAACGAUCACAUAGAGAGAGCUUUACCUCAGCACAGGGCAGUGGAGGUUGGCAGCAGUGACAUUGAAGGAGUCAACAUCAUUGCCUUCAGACAGAUCAAUCAGUUUGACCUGAGUGGAAACGUCAUCACGUCUCCAGAACAUCUACCAACAUUAUCAGUGAAGCUGUAUAAGAGUGACAACCUAGACAACCCCAUCAACACUGUCUCUCUGGGACAGUCGCUCUUCUUCCACUUCCCUCCUCUGGACAGGGACGGAGAAGGCUACGUCCUGAUGCUCCACUCCACACUGUCUCGCUCUCAGUUCGACUUCACUCUGCCUCAGAUCUCCUUCACCUCCACAGGAUACCACAAACACGUGACGCUCACCUUUAACCCCACUCGUAAACUACCCGACCAGGACGUGGCCCAGGGAUCUUACAUUGCUCUGCCUCUUACUCUGCUGCUCCUGUUGGCAGCAUACAAUCAUGAGAAGGUGAUCCCGCUGCUGUUUCAGCUUGUGAACCGCGUUCAGGGAGUGAGGAACAUGUCUCAAGUCAGCGGAGACAGUGCAGCCGUAGACGAGGCCAAACGUCAGGCCAAGAGACCGAAGGCCAGACGAACAUGAGUGCAAACCAGGACUUGGCUCAGGCAUCAUCAGCGGAAUAAGACACCAACACUGGCAUUGACUCCAUCAGCAGUUGGUGGUUAGAGGUUGGUGCUGCAAAGUCCAACAACAAUCACUAAAACACACACACACAUUGCCAAACAGCAGCACUGGACUGAGAGCUGACAUUUUACACCUUGUUUUGUCUUUUUUUUUUCCGCCACACUUCUUUUUUCACGAAACACUUACAAACCUUAAUUUAUUAAAUAUUCAGCUAAGCUAACAUCUCUUUAGUUUACGUUGUAAAAUACCAGGAUGAGUGUGAUGUCAGUCUCUUUACGGAGCAGUAGGUUCAAGACAGAAAUCUAACACGAACCUAAGAAAAGAUCAGGGUCAUUGGUGUAAUAAUAAUUAAAAAAAAACAGUGAAAAUAUUUUGUUUUAAUAAAUCGUUUUUAAGGCUUGUUGUGAAAACAUGCUGUUACAGUUUGUGGGAAACAAAAACAUGAGAAAUUCAAAAGUUUAUGAACAGACAGAAAGUAAAACAUUUUUGUAAUGCCCCCUAAUUAUCUGAAUUAAUUUUUAGGUCUGAAACGUUUGUCUUAGAUUACUCCACCAACUCCAUUUCAUGUGGCAUCAUAUUUAAACAGUGACCACUGAUGUGUCACUGCAGAUUCAUCUUCUUUAUUGGAAACAAACAAGGAUUUAGACAAAGAUUUGAGCUGUAGUCAGGCAUGUUACAUACAUGAGUGUUCACAGAAACACACUCCACUGAUGCAUUUUUUGAUGAGCAGGACAAAGAAUUGACUUCCUGUCAGUUUCUCUUUCACCCCAGGAUGAUGAAGAUGAUGAUGAGGAGAGUGGACUUAAUUAAUUAUUGAUUAAUUUAUUGUGUGUCUAAUCAGAUGUUAAUGUCAUAUAUUAAAACUGUUUUUUUAAGGAUUCUCUAGUUUAGUAGAAAUCCCACACAGGAGAAAAUCAGAAAAAUGAGUUAAAAACAAGUAAAAAAGAAAAUUUAAUUUUGUUUUCAGGCUCAGCUCCUGGAUGCACUGUAAAAAAAAAAAUAGAGGCCAAAUGUGCUCAGGAUUAUGUGCUGACAUUCACUGAGACAUGAAAAGGCCAAAGACUGUGAACUACGUUAAAGGUUAUUCCAAUUAUUCCUCAUUUCUGGGAAAGUGAUUUUUUUUGCAGGGGGUGGGGGGUGGGGGGGUGAUUGUCAUUUGGUCAGAAUCUGUUUGUUUGUUGUUUUUGAGAUAAAUAAAGUUUAACCAGAAAGAACAUGACUGUUUAUACUCUAGGGGGCAGUGUAAUGCAUGAUUUGAGUAUUCAAAAAUGAGGGAAAAGAGCUAAAGAUCUUUUUUUUCACAAGGAACAAAAGUGUAUUGUGGAUUUUUAAUUAAACAUUAGCAGCAAAUGGGAAUUAAAUGAUGGAAAUUUAAAAAA